GACAAGAGACUAUGGUCAUGCCCGAUACUGGGUAUGUCAGAUUUAGACUGGAACUGCAGCCGCGCGACAUGCAGUUUGCUGUGUUCCUCUGAGUCUCGGAUCUCAACGUAGCUUCGUGGAGCUCCACCGUCGAGUCUUCGAGAUAUAGAUUCUACAGUUCUACAAGCUUAUGGUAGGAUUUACCCUUACUUGAGCUUCUAAUUAAUUAUCAGUAUCGUAGUUGUCUAAUAACCGCCCCGUCACUAUACAUGAAACGUCUUGAUAAAGGCUACACCCUCGACUGCAUGGUCAAGCCCCCAUUACAUAACGCCAGAGUAUUGUGUUUGCGUUUCUUGAGUCGGCGCUUGAUCUGUCCAUCGCUUAUCGUUAUUUGAACAUUAUUUUAACCAUGUCUCAAUCGGACAACACUUCUAACGCAUGUGAUGACGACAAUGUUGUUCGACGAUUUGGGGUGUUAGCUGAGAGGUCAGAUGGUUUCAAACAAUGGCUGCUUGACCAGCUUCAAACUCGUAAUUGUCGCCGUGUGCUGGACGCUGCUUGCGGUACUGGAGGGGACUCUCUCUUUCUUCUAGAGCAUGGUUAUCAAGUUAGCAGUUCAGAUAGUGCCGAGGCUAUGCUCAAACAAGCCAGGCAGGCCAAGAUUUCUCAUCAAAGUUCAAAUGAAGCUGUUCAAAACUGGGAAAUCAAGAACGCCAACUGGCUAACUCUUAGCGAGGACCUCCCAGGAUACGGACAAUUCGAUGCAGUACUCUGUAUAGGAAACUCACUGAUUUGUUUACUUGAUCCAUCACCAAACUUUGACCUUUACCGUCAGUGCUUCGAGAACUUCAAAUCCAUGCUCAAACCAGGAGGAGUUUUCAUGGUUGACCAUCGGAACAUGGACAUCAUCAUGGACCACGGUAGCCCUAUCAACAAGCACGUGUACUUUAAGGAAAAUACUAUCAACAAAAUAUCCUCUGAGAUAGUUAAAUCUCCUGGAAAACAAGAUUUCGUCAACAUCACUUUCGACAUGAUAGUUGAUGGUAGUGCUUCUGACAAGGGUAAACAAAAUGGCGCUGAUACUACGUCAGGAAUCAACAACAACAACUGUAAUAUUGAAAAAGCAACUGUGCCUCUUCAGGCUAUCCGUGCUGGGCAAGUAGCUACCAUGCUUGCUGAAGUUUUUGGUGAGAAUUGCGAGCAGGCCCUCUACGGGGAUUUCAAGUCAGCUCCAGACAUUUCCGACACCGCCUAUUUCCAGCAUGUAAUAACAAAGACAGAAUGAGGAAUAGAAAACAAGAAAGAAGAUUGAGGAAGACCCAUCCCUCUCUCCCUCUCACACUCGCUCA